AGCUGCAGGAGGCCAAGGCUGCCGGCCCCGCCGUGCACAGGCAGGCCAGCAUCGAGACCGACAGGGUGUCCAGGGAGUUCAUCGAGUUCAUCAGGACCUACCAGAAACCUGGCCAGGACAUCUACAAGCAAUGCAAACUCUUCCUGGACACCAUGAGCCACAAAAGGUGCCCCCUGAAAAAGUGGAGAAGGCAAUGGAUGAGGUGGAGAAAUACAUCAUGACUCGCCAGUAUAAAUAUGUUUUUUGCCCUGAGACAACUGAUGAUGAGAAGAAAGACCUUGCUGUCCAAAAGAGGAUCAGGGCUCUGCACUGGGUGACUCCCCAGAUGCUCUGUGUUCCUGUCAGUGAGGAGAUCCCAGAGGUCUCUGACAUGGUUGUAAAGGCAAUCACAGUGCUGUGCCGUGGCCUUCAUUGAAAAACUGGAUGCUCAGUCCCUCAACCUGAGCCAGGAAGAUUUUGAUCGUUUCAUGAGUGGCCAGACAUCCCCAAAAAAGCAGGAAUCUGACAGCUUCUCCCCAGAUGUGUGCCUGGGGGUGAAGCAGAUGUGCAAAAGCUUAGACCUCCUCUCUCAGUUGAAUGAGAGACAGGAAAGAAUUGUCAGUGAAGCCAAGAAAUUGGAGAAAGACCUCAUUGAUUGGACUGAUGGCAUCACCAAGGAGGUGGAGGAGAUUGUGGAGAAAUAUCCCUUAGAAAUCAAAGGCAAAAGCCAAGCCUUGGCAGCCAUUGACUCUGAAAAUGUGGAGAAUGACAAGCUGCCCCCACCCCUGCAGCCUCAGGUCUAUGCAGGAUAAUUCUCCUCAGCUAGCUGGGAAGGAAAGGAAAUUUAAAUCUUAAAGAGCUUAAAUCAGUACAUUUUUAAAGGUACUUUUGGUUUGGGGUUUGGUUUUUGGUUUGGUUUUUUUUUUUUUGGUUAAGUGGAAUGAAUUGUAUUUAUUUUAGUCCUGUAGGUUUCUAUUAGGCUUUGGUGGGUUUUUUGAACUGAAUUUCGAUUUUUCUACACAAACUGGUGUAAUUUUUAAGCAACACUAGUCCAUUGACAUCCUGAAAGUUCCCUUCUAAGCAUGCACUUAAUUGUUUUUAAUAAUCAGUUUAACUUGAAGCCAAGUUCCAGCAGAAAAAAAAAAUACCAAUGUUAGUCUGAACUUAUUCUGUAGCUGUAAAGAUGAAUUAUAUAUUGUAAAAUAUGUAAAAUUGUAAAUAGAUUUCAAAUCUAAUGUCCCAACUGUGCAUGAGCUCGUGUGUGAGUGAAAAUGAUCUCAAAAUAUUCAUUUUAGCACCUUUCAGUUCCACCAUGUUGCAGUAAAAAGGCAAAAAUGCUGUUGGAGUUUGGAUAACCUGGAGGGGAGAAAUUGGAAUAAUUUGCAAACUUGAAAAAAUCAUCUUAAUCUGCUUUGUUAAAAAAAAUUAUUUAAAAUAUGCCAUUUCUUCAUUUAAAUGCUCUUUCAGAACACCUGGUAGCCUUGAGUGGUGCACAAAGUGCUGAUUUUACUGUGUGGGGCCAGAAAUCGAAAAUAUUUCAGGAACAGGAGGAAAUAUUUGUAUUAAAAACUGCAAAAUGUGGAACAAAAAAAAAGGGGGGGAGGAAAGAGACCAUGAAAAAGCUGCUCCAAAAGUGUCUCUCUCUCUCCUGGUCACUUCCAUCAGUGGGAUGAAUUUUGGUUGCUUUUUUUUUGACAAUCCUGGGGAAAAUAAAAUAAAUAAAUAAAUAAAUUCCUAUAACUUGAGGUUGCUUUUUAGAAAGAGCAGAAAAAUGCACUUUAUUUCCAUGAAACAUCAACGUUCUGCUCUUCAGUGACCCCUUCAGCACCUUGAAUGGCUUUUUGUGACACUAAAAAUCACUGAAAUUCAGAUUGGGGUGUAAAAGAGGAGCUCACCCCACAAAACACAACCUCUUAAACAGAACUUGGGAACUUUUCCUGUGUCCUUGUGAAAUCUCUCGCAGCUCCUGAGAUCCCAAACACAAAGCUCAGCUGGAGCUGCUUUUAAACCAGGUUUAAUUCUUGCCAUGAGGAGGAAAACACAAACCUGGUGCUUCAUUCCCAUUCCCUGAGGCUCCUGUGAAAUCUGCACUGCAAUAACUUCAGACCACGACUGUGAUUUCUCCUUUUUCUGGCAGUUUUUGGCCUUUUUAUGAACUAUGCACCACCCCUGGUGUCCACAGAAGCAGCUGCAGCGCUGGGGUGCUCAAAACAACAACAAAAAAAUCAAAUUAUUCCUUGUGUCACCACACAAAUCGCUUAGUAAAUAAUCCUGGGAUUUAUUUCUUUUUAUUUAGGUGCUGAUUCUGAUCUCCAGGUUUGUCCCCAGGGAGGGGUGGGGGAAGCAAACCUGCAGCUGUUGUGUAAAUGAGAGUGUUUAAAUAAAAGUUCUGCCCUCUAAUGAG